AUGGUUGUAGCUGAAAAGAAAAAUAAGGAUUUAAGAAUUUGUAUUGAUCCACAAGCUUUAAACAAGUCUCUGAAAAGGGAACAUCAUCCUACCCCUGUAAUUGAUGAUAUUCUACCCCAACUGACAAAGGCAAAGGUUUUUUCAUCUUCUGAUUUGGCCAAUGGGUAUUGGCAUUGUGUUCUUGAUGAAAAAUCUAGUUUUUUAACCACUUUUCAAACCCCUUUUGGUCACUACAGGUGGCUCAGACUACCAUUCGGUUUAAAUGUUAGUGGUGAGAUUUUCCAAAAACAGUUACUCUUGAAUCUUGAGAAUCUUGAUGGUGUUGUAUGUAUUGCUGAUGAUGUUAUAAUUUAUGGUGUAGGUGAAACGUAUGAGGAAGCUGUUAAAGUCCAUGAUAGUAAGAUAAUCAAGUUUUUGGAAAGGUGCCAGGCUAAGGGUAUAAAACUUAAUAAGUCUAAGGCCGUAUUAAGAAAAUCUGAAAUCGCUUUCUUAGGUUAUGAAAUCACAAGUAAAGGUCUCAUGCCGGACCCUAAAAAGGUGGAAGCUAUACUGAAUAUGAAACCACCAACUGAUGUAACUGGUGUUAAAGAGUUUACAGUCUUAGAAAAAUUUCAUGAGUAUGUCUAUGGUCGUAAAAUAAUUGUUGAGAGUGAUCACAAACCUAUUGCUAGUAUUGUUUUGAAACCCUUGUGUAAUGCUCCCAAGCGACUGCAAGGAAUGUUGCUUAACAUUCUACAGUACGAUGUUGAAAUCAUACAUAAAAAAGGUAAGGAAAUGUAUGUGGCUGAUGCACUCUCAAGAUCUUAUUUGCCAUUAGAUAAUUAUAAAGAAAGUGAAUUUGAGCAAGUUAACAUGCUUGAUUAUUUGCCAGAAACUUUAAUUAAUCAUGAAAUUGCUGAUCGGCCAUGGCAAAAGGUUGGAGUUGAUCUAAUGAGUAUUGAAAAGCAUAAUUAUCUUAUAACUGUUGAUUACUUCAGCAAUUUUUGGGAAAUUGACUACCUAGAAAACACAUUAGCCAGUACAGUGAUUAGAAAACUUAAAUCUCAUUUUGCUAGGUAUGGAUUGCCCUGUGUAUUGAUUAGUGAUAAUGGACCCCAAUUUGUAAAUGAGAAUUUCAAACAGUUUGCAACUGAUUAUGAUUACGAGCAUAGGACAAGUAGCCCCACACAUGCCCAAUCUAAUGGUAUGGUCGAAUCUGCAGUGAAAACAUCUAAACGUUUAAUUAGAAAAGCUGUUGAAAGUAAUAAAGAUCCCUAUCUAGCCAUUUUGGACCAUAGGAAUACUCCUACUAGUGAUAAAGACGCCAGCCCAUCACAGUAUAACCUAGGUAGGAGAACACGUACCAAAUUACCAAUGUUAUCCAAGUUACUUGAAAAUCAAAAUGUAAAUUUAGAGUUGGCUAAGGCCUGGGAAAAAGGAAAAGUUGUGGAACGAUUAGAUGAAAGGUCUUAUCUAAUUGAAAGUGAAGGCAAGCUAUUUAGAAGGAAUAGAGUUCAGUUGAAAGAAACCCCAAGUGAUGUGCAUAUGCCAAAGGUAAAUGAACCAGUAACUAUUGACAUUAUUGGUAAUGAAAUUGAAACUCCUGUCAAAGUGGAAAAUAAAGUUGAAAGUGACAGACAAACAAGGUCAACCAGAAAUAAAUUACCUUCUAAGUAUUCUCAUUAUGAAAUGUAUUGA